UCGUGAACAUGUUUCCUGUUAACUUUCGAGUAGCAUUGCUACUUCGUCUAAAGCGGAGACGUCCUAUGAAUAGCUCAGAAUUUGCUUCCAUUCUUGCUGACCUGUGAGCCCAGCCACCGCAUUGGUUUCUGCUGAUUCUCGUAUGCCAGGCUGCUGUAGUUAGCCACUUGACAUGGGACCGAAAAGGUUACUGUCUGACCAGCAGGAGCUUGAGAGGUCGGUUGCAAAGAUCGCAAGGCUUGAAGUGUAUGGCUGGACAGGGGCGAAUGAGCGGACCUUCGUGGCGGUGAAGCCGGACGGGGUGCAGAGGCGGCUGGUGGGCGAAAUCAUCCGGCGCUUCGAGCGGAAGGGCUUCCACCUGGUGGGGCUCAAGCUGGUGCAGGCGUCGGAGAGCCUCUUGAAGGCCCAUUACUGGGAGCUGAGGGACAAGCCCUUCUUCAACGGCCUCAUCCGCUACAUGAGCUCCGGGCCCGUGGUUGCCAUGGUGUGGCAGGGGCUGGACGUGGUGAAGACAGCACGCAGAAUGCUAGGAGAGACCAACCCUGCUGACUCUCUCCCAGGAACCAUCCGAGGAGACUACUGCCUGGAAGUGGGCAGGAAUGUGAUCCAUGGCAGUGACUCGGUGGAGAGCGCACAGAGGGAGAUCUCACUGUGGUUCCAAAGUCAAGAGCUCACGUGCUGGGAGGACUGCAGCCAGCACUGGAUCUAUGCAUGAAGCGCAUGCAUGCACAAGCACGCACGCACACACGCGCACAAAUACAUGACAGUACAAAUACACGCACACACACGCGCACAAAUGCACUUACAGUACAAAUACACACACACACACUUUUAAGGCAAUAAGAAUGCAUAAUAACCGUCAUUUAGCUAAUCUGUGCUCCCAGGUAAAACAUAAAAACUCCGUCCAUAAAAUGUAAAAAUAUUUAUCUAUGCAUUUUUUUCCUUUUUUGGAUUCUGUUUAAAUCUGUUUCGAUUAAUUCAUUGAAUUCUAAACCAUUUGCUAAUUUAACUAAUUUGCUAGUAACUUCAAGGUGAUUUAUGUAAAUAAGGAAAGCUAUAGGUCACAACACUGAUUCUCGUGGGACUCCACUUCCCACAGUACCUUGCUCGUAUAAAAUCCCUCCUUAUGGUUUGUGUUCUGCUCUGGAGUCGGUUUCAGAUCCGCCCUGAAAUGACUUGCGUAAUUCUCAUGCACUCCAGAAGUCCGAGAGCAUCGUUACACGUGACCUCCAGUCAGUCCUCAGCCAGCUCUCGUUCUUCAAAUCACGCACACUUCUAACUUUGUUAUUCGCAAACGCGCGUAUACAAAGACUGGCCGGAGAGUCGCGGGACAGACGGUCCUGAACUCUGAACCCUGACUCGCUCCGGACGUGUUAAGAUGGCGUCCAUCUUGUUUUUUGUAGCUCACAGUUUAAGUAGCUCUGUAGGUGCCGGGGCUGAUCCUGGAGCCAGUUGCAGCAGAUGAGUGUAUGCGCGCUCAGAGUGCCGCUGGUCUAGUCGGGGCUCCACGGUCUGCUUGCUCGAAGGGAAACUCCUGCACUGGGCUCCUUAUUUUAUCCGUCCUCUUCUCCUCGGCCCUCGCGUGACUCGGAAAUCAAGGUCCGGUCCGCCGUCUAUAAGGCUAAUUCCGUCGAAUGCUCCUCGGAGGAGCGAGGAGGCUCCCGAAGGAUGCUUGAGCGAGGAAACGCGAGUGCAUCCUGUUGGGAAGUAUUUUUCGGAACGCGUGGCGUAUAAACGAUCGAACUGCGGCUCCACAUCUCCCCAUCUGCAAUUGAGGUGGCUUCAGACUGACGCUUGACUGAGCGAGGAUGUUCCGUUUGCCUGAUACACGUUGCCUCGAUUCCUCGGUCCUCACAUCUCAUCCUUGCAUCUCUUCCUCGUGUCCUCCGCUGGGCGGAGCUAAGGAGUGAGGAAAGGACGCGAGGAACAGAUGCAAGGAGUGAAAAUAAGCGACUGAAAUGAGCCCGGUGUCUUCCUCUGACUGGUGUCUGUGUAGAAUUGAGUGUGGUCGGUGAAUACAACUCCAAUACGAGAGGCGAAAAGAAGAAAAGUCAUUUUUUUAAAAGAGGUGCUUGACAUGCCCUCGAUGCAAACUUUAUAUGUACACAUCCUGACUGAAGUCUUUUAGGUCUUAGCUGCUCCUGAAUGGGGCGAACACUCCUUUCCCCCAAACCGCUUUUCUACCUAUUUUAGUCUGCAGUGGCUCCAAACACUAUUAGAAAUGGUCCCAAGAAGUGACUAGUGGCCUAGACCGUGGAAUGUUCCGGAACUUAACUUGUUUAAAAAUGACAUCAUUCUUGGGUCAUAGAAUCUGUCCAUGUUUCCAAAUUAUAGGUGCUUUUACUUAAGACUACAUCUCUACCACUAGUCUAUUGUAGUAAAAGAUUAUCAUGCAGAUAACCUUGCAUGAAAACAUGGCUAAUCUUAAAAAGAGGUGGUUAACCAGCACAAGCCCUGAACAUGCGCUUACAUUGUCAUAAAAAGGUUGUAUAAUUAGAGUAUUUUUAUAUCUAUGGAAACGUUUGUAUGCUCUGAUAAUGGUGUCUACUAUUGUAGUAAUGCGACUGGAUUAAUUGAUCCAAAAGAGAAUGCAGAAAAUUUUGAGUUUGAACACGAACUGAGCAAACCUGUGUGAAACAUGUACUGUAAGAACAGCUGAUGUGUUUUAAAUGUUAAACCUGAUUGAAUUGUGUGAUAAGUCCAGUCUUAUGCCUUUACUGCCCAAAAAUCAGUGCACCAUAACAAUAUCGUAAUUUGAAGAAACCGAGUUUCUGGUCAGCUUGAUAUUGAAUGUAAUUCAGGGAAUACUUGGGCAGAUAAAAUGAUGUUAUAUAAUCUCUCAUGGCCUUCUUUAAACAAAAAUAUCUCAUCGUCAAAAUCAGUUCCCUUUCGUUACUGAAGAGCGAAUGUGUUUGAGUGAAUUUAUUUUAUUUAUUUAUUACUAUGUAACCAUAUGCAAUUUGUAAGCAAUGCAGGGUAAGUUACCUGGACACCUAUUGUCCUUGGCUUUGUACUUGAUGAGUGGGAAAAAAACACUAUUCCUUGUGACCAAAAAUGUCCAAAAUGAAAUAAAGGUCCAAGUGAA